GUUCAUGAUUUCCAGCUUGUCCUUCGCAACCUUCGCAGUGUCGCCUGACAAGGCCGAGCUCCGCCUACGACUGUCUUUCACUUUAAUUUUGACGAGCGUUACUUUCAAAUAUGUUAUAACUCAAAGCCUGCCCAAGAUAUCAUAUCUGACCUAUAUGGACAAAUAUGUGCUAAUGUCUCUUGGCAUACUGUGUAUCAUCAGUAUCUGGCACGCCGUAGUCACUUUGUUUGAUCCGGAUCACAUUGCACUGAGAACCGGUCAGUUCGGGAGCUCAUCCGAACCACUGGCAUCUGAGAGUCCACAUACAUUUAUGCAAACCGACGAGAAUACCACUCACUGGUGGAUGGAUGAAAGUAAUGCUUCUAUGCUUAUCAACUCUGCUAUAUCGAAAUUUUGGUUGGGUUCGAGUCCUGGUGGUUUAAAGUCCGAUUUUUUCCAAAGCGAUUCCGACACUGAUGGAAAUGGGGACGCUGAGAGCGGAGACCAAAAAGUGAAUCACACCACCGUGAUUGAAAACGUGUCUGAAGAAUGUUCAUUGAACAACAAAAUGGCAUGUGAAGAAUGGCGUCAUGUGCAAACUGUGGAGCAGCACGUCUUUGUCUCUUUCGUAAUCAUUUACGUGAUCGCACAUGCGGUGUUUAUAUUUUGGCUGUAUUUUGAUGCAAGCAGGAGACGCCGCGAGAUGCGACAGAAGGAUAAAGAAUAUCGAAAGCAAAAGCGAAAAGCGGGUGUUUAACUUCGGGUCCCAUAGCACACUCUGGUAACUGCGGCUGCCCAGGGGGUUUCAAGUUUCCGGCCCAACCACAGCCGCACAACAACUGUAGUCAUGUUCAGAUCAGAAAUUCAAUGGCAAACAGUCAAGCCGCAAUGCGCAUCCACCGAAGUGCUCUUUUCACUGCACAGUCGACGACCAUUCCCUUCGUGAUACUUACAUAUAGGCUUAUGCUCAUAAGUGCUGUACAUUUUCGGAAACAACGGCGCACAUUUUCCAACCAUUUUGCCUACUCCGUUCACACAACUCGCUUGUAUAAUGUGCCACUUCACAACUCCACUAGAAACGAAAAGUGUGCGUCCGACCGUGGUCCAUUCUGUCCUUCUCUCCUGAAACGAAUGCCGC